CCGUUCUACCCUUUCGUUCAACAAUGCAGAAGAACCUUGUUCGCUGAUUGAAGCAAUGCAGUUUAUCAGUAGGAACAAAAUGCCGAAAGGCAAUAGUGAAACGAAAGCUCGUCUCAUCGUGAUGCUUCGGUGAUCGCAAUCGGCGGUAGGAGGUUGCGUCCCAUCGCUUCUUGCUUUGAUUCGGUUCUGCUGAAGCUGUUCUGUACUGAAUCUUCGAGCGGCCGGAGCAAUGGGAAGAGACAUCGGUUUUGUUUGGCUUCGUGUUUGAUUGAGACUUAGAAGCCGUGGAUUAGGCUUUCUCAGUGAUUUAUUGGCCAUCCGACCAAAAACCUCGUUAAUCUUAUUUCUGGUGAACUAUCUGAAGUAUUUGAUUUUGUGGGGGUUCUAGUAGUUCGAGUUGAACCUUUGGCUGGUGGAUUGUGAGCAUAGUUUGGGCUUUGCUGCAACGGAGGAUGACGAUACAGUCUUCUCCUGGGAGCUCGGGCCUCAUAGAUGCCUCGGCGGAGAGGGGCACCUACUACUUUAGCAAUUUCUACGUGAUCGGCCUCACCCUCACUGCCGGCAUCGGUGGUUUUCUAUUUGGAUACGAUACCGGUGUUAUAUCUGGUGCCCUUCUUUAUAUUCGUGACGAUUUUGAUGUGGUGGCUGAAAACCAUGUUUUACAGGAAACAAUUGUCAGCAUGGCAAUAGCAGGAGCUAUAAUUGGAGCUGCAGGUGGUGGAUGGGUGAAUGAUGCCUAUGGGAGGAAGAAAGCUUUUCUUCUUGCUGAUAUCAUUUUUGCCAUUGGAUCUGUUGUGAUGUGCGUUGCUCCAGAUCCGUACCUUCUCAUAUUUGGAAGGCUUCUUGUUGGUUUGGGCAUUGGAAUAGCAUCAGUUACAGCUCCCGUUUAUAUUGCUGAAGUAUCACCUUCAGAAAUCAGGGGAGGUCUAGUUAGCCUGAAUGUACUCAUGAUCACAGGGGGACAGUUUCUUUCUUACCUUGUAAAUCUUUCUUUUACUCAGGUUCCAGGCACUUGGCGAUGGAUGCUUGGAGUUGCUGCACUGCCAGCAGUGAUACAGUUUGUUCUAAUGCUGUUUCUCCCUGAAUCACCUCGCUGGCUUUUUCUGAAGAAAGAUAAAACUGAGGCCAUAACAGUUCUCUCAAAGAUCUAUGAUCCUCAUCGCUUGGAGAACGAGAUAGAUGAACUGACAGUUGCUUCUGAGGAAGACAUGAACUCACAGAAUGUUGGAUGCUUUGAUGUUCUUAAUUCGAAAGAAAUGCGACUUGCAUUUCUUGCAGGAGCUGGCCUUCAGGCUUUCCAGCAGUUCACUGGAAUAAAUACAGUUAUGUACUACAGCCCCACGAUCGUCCAGAUGGCUGGUUUUACUUCGAACCAACUUGCGCUGCUGCUCUCUCUGAUUGUUGCUGGGAUGAAUGCAGCUGGUACAAUUUUAGGAAUCUUCCUCAUUGAUCGCUGCGGCAGGCGUCGAUUAACACUCUGCAGUCUAGCAGGUGUUGUUAUGUCACUUCUCAUACUUUCGGGGGCAUUCUUUUUGCAAUCAUCAGGAAUUAAGUCUCACUUAUGUGAGAUGCAAGCCCUUCAUACCACCUGUGACAGGAACCUAGGCUGGGUAGCUGUUUUAGGGCUUGUUCUAUACAUUGGCUUUUUCUCUCCGGGGAUGGGCCCUGUUCCAUGGGCAGUCAACUCAGAGAUUUACCCGGAGGCCUACCGGGGGGUGGGCGGAGGCAUGUCUGCUACUGUGAAUUGGGUUUCAAACCUGAUUGUCUCGCAAACAUUCCUGUCGAUAGUUGCAAUUGUGGGGACAGCUGGGACUUUCUUGAUCAUUGCUGGAAUCGCAGUGGCAGCAUCUGUGUUUGUGGCACUUUAUGUUCCAGAAACAAAAGGCCUGAGCUUUGAGGAGGUGGAAAGCCUUUGGAAGGAGAGGGCAUGGGGAUCUGAAGAUGCACGGAGGCGCCUACUAGCCUGAGCUGGCAUGGUCUCUGAAUCGAUUUGCAUUUGCAAUGCAAGUGUACAACACCUCCGUGAAGGAAGUGAUAGGAUCGAACAGUUUGCUAGGCAGAUGCGAUUCCUGGUAGUCUCCAUCAGUCAUUGUAAGGUACAUCUUGAAGUGUUCUGCAACUGCCAAACCUUUUCAUUUUGUUGGCAAAAAUUGAUAAAGCUCAUUGUUUCCUCGAUAUCACUAUGUCCCGGGGAAGGUUUUGCUUGAGAACAGAGCUUAGACAGACCUGUUCCAUUGCUUGUGUCCUUUCGUUCCGUGAAAGAGAAAAUGGAGAAUUUACAGUAA